UGGAUUACCGGAGAUCUGCUCGACCAGCCUGACGGACUGAGCCGCUUUAGUUUAGUCUUCAACAACGCGUGCGCUCGUUCACUCACUCACUCACACACACACACGUGGCGUGUGUUUGACAGCUCCGGCGGAACGCUGCGAGCCGCGCGGGUGUUUUAAUGGUGUCAGGAGCGUCGUCUCACACACCGUCCGUGCGCGCCGCACCUUCGCUUCCCCACUUUGAAGUUGCUGCUUCGCGUUUGCAGCGCGCGGCGGAAUGACGGAGCUGCGGAGGCGCGCGCCGGCGGAGACGGAGCGCGAGGCCCCGGCGAACGUCAGCGACGACAAGGAAACGGAUACUGAGGAGAGACUGGGUUUCCAUGACCAUGCAGAUGGCCAUGCAGAUGGAGAAGGAGAGAGAGAGGGAGAUGGGGAGGCAGAAGGAGACUCCAAAGCAGAUGCUUCAGAGGUACCCCCAGCAACGGACGACACUCCUGAAUGCCUCAACAAAGCCCUGCAAGGCCUCUCCUCCAGAUGGAAGAACUGGUGGAUACGAGGGAUUUUAUCACUGACUAUGAUCACUGGAUUCUCUCUACUCAUCUAUAUGGGACCUAUCAUGUUAAUACCGCUGGUCAUGGCCAUUCAAAUUAAGUGUUUCCAGGAGAUAAUCAUCAUUGGCUAUAGAGUUUACCAUUCGUAUGACCUCCCGUGGUUCAGGACGCUUAGCUGGUAUUUCCUGGUCUGCGUGAAUUACUUCUUCUAUGGGGAGACACUGGCUGAUUACUUUGGUGUUCUUGUGCAGAGGGAGGAGCCUCUGCAGUUCCUGGUGCGCUACCACCGGUUUAUCUCGUUUACACUCUACCUGACAGGAUUCUGCGUAUUUGUGCUGAGCUUAGUGAAGAAACAUUACCGCCUGCAGUUCUACAUGUUCGCUUGGACUCACGUGACCCUCCUGAUUGUGGUAACACAGUCGCACCUAGUUAUUCAGAACCUCUUUGAAGGAUUGAUCUGGUUUAUCUUUCCAGUUUCCACUGUAAUUUGCAAUGACAUAAUGGCUUAUGUGUUUGGUUUCUUCUUUGGAAGAACACCUCUAAUUCAGCUCUCCCCAAAAAAAACCUGGGAGGGGUUCAUCGGUGGGUUCUUUAGCACAGUUAUAUUUGGAUUCAUUUUCGCCUAUCUCUUGGCCCAGUAUCAGUACUUUGUCUGUCCUGUUGAGUUUGACAGCGAGACAAAUCGCUUUGCUGUGGAUUGUCAACCCUCUAGCGUUUUCGUCCUGCAAGUGUAUACUCUUCCUGCCAUAGUGCAGAAUGUCACCAGAUGGGAGACAGUGACCCUGUACCCAUUCCAGAUCCACAGCAUUUCUAUCUCAAGUUUUGCCUCUUUGAUUGGGCCAUUUGGUGGCUUCUUUGCAAGUGGUUUCAAAAGAGCUUUUAAAAUAAAAGAUUUUGCAGACACUAUUCCUGGGCAUGGGGGCAUUAUGGAUCGCUUUGACUGCCAGUACUUAAUGGCUACUUUUGUUCAUGUUUACUUGACAAGCUUUAUCAGGGGCCCAAACCCCAGUAAGGUAUUACAGCAGCUCCUAGUCCUGCACCCAGAGCAACAACUCAGCAUUUUCAACGCACUUCGUUCCCACCUGAGGGAGAAGGGUGUGCUGACUGAGUGACCAGCCCCAAAUCUCCCGCACUCUCGAUGUGAACCCUGGGUAAUGCACUGCCUCUAACCGUAACCACGAACGAGUACAACUCAUAAAAGUGGGAGUCACUGUAGCAAUGUGCUGUUUCCAUGUUGCCACUGGAUGUGUGGUGUAAUAUAUAUGAGGUGAAAACCUGAUGAAAGCUUUGUAGCUACUAUCUCAGGAGUAAUUAUUUCCAAGACAUUACUGCUGUGAAGGAAACGCAGUCUUUCAUAAAAUCAAUUCCCAGCCUGCGAACAUUGAGUACACGGUACAUGUAGACUGUCUCCAGUACAGCUUCAUCUCUGUACAAAUAUUCAACUGAUAAUAAGUGAAGAGGAGUUUGGUUUCCUGUCUUCUACAAUGGGAAAAGCUGGACAGUGAGUAUUCAGCUGCUAUACUGUAACAAAUUAGGUGUAUAAAUCCUGUUUUAUGUAAAUAGUGUUCAAAUGGGAGGGACAAAUGAAUGAAGCCACAAGUACUAUACCUGAAGAGUUACCAACCAGUGCUGUAUUAACAGUAGGAGCCUUAAUUGCCAAACCCUAGGCAAUUAAUUAAAACUGAUGGCAAAAUGCCCUUUACACACAAUUCUGAACUAAAUGACUCACCCUGAUAAAUGCAUGCUAUUUGCAUAAUAUAAAGAAGUAACACUAUGCAAUAACAUCUUUUUUGCUUUGGCAUAUUUAACAUUAAUAAUAACUAUUCAUUAGAAAUCUUCAAAAAGAUGUUGAUGCAGAUAGAUAUUUUUGUAACUUGUCCAUGACUGUUUGGAGAAACAAUUUUUCAAUUUUAUAAUGUUUUACGAAGCUCAGUUAAAGUGACAUCCCAAAGAACGAAUUGACUUUUUAAUACUAUUGACCAGGUUCCACUUAAUGGAGAUCUUAUUUUUGAUGUUGACCUUUGCAGGACCUUCUACCAGCAAUAUGAUGUACGAUACAAUUGUUAAACUACAAAUUUUGGUGCAUAUUUUCCUUUGUUUAAAGCAGCAUUUUAAAACUUUCAAAGUAAGUUUUUAAUAGCUUUUUCCUGAAGAAAAAAAAAACAAUAGAAAAAAAGCACCUCAAAACUGCUUGAGGUCCUGUGUGUUUAAAUAAAAACUAUUACUCUUUCAUUAAUCGUCAUCUGUCAGCAUUAGACAGUAGAUGUGGAAUAUGUGGGGAAAAUACCAUUCAUUAUUGUGCAAAGUACAACUUUUAAGUUUCUGUGUACAACUUAACCAAUAAAAACUAACCAAGGGAUGAAUAUCAUAUCUUGUUUUAGGCAGCAACGUUAGUUCUGUCUUAAUUGAGAAUAAUUUUUCAUUCUGGUUUGUAUUUUAUCUGUUCAAAUCAAGGAUUAAUUUCCCAAUUUUAUGUCAGGCUUGUGUGACGGCCUAGAUUUAAAUGUUGCUUGCUAAAUAACAAGUGCAAGGACAGUGGGGGAGAAAUUUGUGGCAUACACUGUACGAGCAAAACCUGUUCUACAUUAAGCAAUUUUUAUUACUACAUUGUUAUGUGAUGCAUGGUGAUUAAUAUAUCUUUUAUAUUAUCUUUAAUUUUAUAUUGGUGAACCUGUUGCCAUUCAUAGAAAUCUGAAAAAAGGUAAAAUGUUUUUGAAACGACACAGGGUCCUUGUAUUACUGAUGUG